UAUGUCGGCCUCUGGCAUUUGAUGACAGACAUAAAUGCAUUUAAUGACAUAGAGUUCUUUAACCCAGCAAAACAGGUCAACUUCUCAUGUGUGGGUUGGUGUGAAGGGUUGAUUUUCUUUCUUGUUUGACUCAGCUGAUGAUCCCUCAUCAUCAGAGAAAUGGAAAAAAAGGACUCAUUUUUAGCAAGUACAGUGCUGACAGUUAAGACCCAGCAGCAGCAGUUUGGUGAUGUAUAUUUUGUGCAUCUUGUACCCAUAUCUUCCUAAUAAUAUUUUAAAUAAUUAAUGGGCUGUUUAUUAUUCAAACCACAAUUCUCCCAAAAUCCUGAUAACAGACACGCUUCUACUUGAACUUACAAGUGUACACUUUGGUAAGAUAGAUCAAAUUAUAUCCAUCACUUCUUAAAUCUGUGAUUUGAUCCCAAUAGAAACUUGCCCUAUGGACCUUGACAUGAUUUGCACACAUAGUGCUCCUUCAAAUGGGAAGGGAAUAGUGUUGAAUAUCUGAUAGGUCAGUGAGCUUAUUUACAAUAACUUAAAUAAAUAAAGGCCCAUCCCUUUUAGCAAUCAGUCUUAUUAAACAAAUAAACGUUUUAAUAGAAUUAAUAAAUAAAUCAAUGUUCAUUAUAACAUUUACAUGGAACAUUUUCUGUAUACUGUACCCUGCAUUUUUUGAAUGGAGCAUAAUCUUUCCUGUAUGUUCUCAGGCAAAAGAGGGGCAGGAAAUAGAGUUGCAAAUUGGAUUAGCCAAUGAGCUUCAUCAUACAUGCUUAGAGAUGCAUAUAAAUAAAGGUGCAUCCUUUUUACAGAUCAGUUCUUACAUUUAAUAUAACAUAAAGACAAACAUUAGCACCUCUCCUGACAAUCCAAUUAUGAAGGACCUAUUUUACAGUCAUGCUUCUAGAAUUACAAAAGCUCUACAGAUAAACUCUUUUUUGUUUUAUAUUACUGUGUAGCAUUGACUUUUGAGGAAUUUAGGUUAUUAAGGAGCAAUCAGAAUUAUUGUCAUUUUUUAACUGGAGGAUUAAACUGCUUGCAAAUUUAAGUCAACAUGGUUAACAAUAAUUCAAGGAAAUUGAUCACUGAAUUUGUUGUUGCUGGAUUUGACAAUGUAGAAAGACCACUGGCUGUUGGUGUGGUAAUGCUGAUAUUGUACAUACUUACUAUGGUUGCUAACACUGUAAACAUAUGCUUUAUUGUCAUGGAUAAACGUCUGCACCAGCCAAUGUACAUUUUUAUCUGCCACUUAGCAAUUGUAGACAUGCUCUACUGUACAAGUUCAUGUCCAACUAUGAUAGGUAUUCUUCUCAUUGGCUAUAAAACUAUAUCCUACAAACCAUGCAUAGUUCAGAUGUUUGCCUUCCAUUAUGGUGGAUCAAUGGAGAUGUUUGCUAUUGCUGUCAUGGCCUUUGAUCGUUUUGUUGCUAUAAGCAUUCCAUUACGGUACAGUUCUCUUCUGACAAAUUUGCGAUGUGUUUUAAUAACUAUUUUACUCUGGUUGGUGGUUGCUUCAGUUUUGUCCAUGCUACCUGCUUCUAUUGAAUCUCUACCAGUUUGUUACUCUACUAUAAAGUACAUGUUUUGUGACUAUGCAUCUAUUACAAGGGCAAGUUGUGCAGACCCAGAGCCAUAUUUUAAUGAUGCAUCUAUCCUUACAACUUGUCUAAUUUUUGGAACAUUCAGUUUCAUCUGCUUAUCUUAUGUAAAGAUUGUUAUUGUUAUUUCAAGAAUGACCUCAAACACUGACAAGAAAAAAGCCAUACAUACUUGUUUAAGUCACAUUAUAGUCAUUACCUGCUACUAUGUACCCACUUUCACACGAAUAGUCCUCACCAGGGUUGGUGUAGUUUUAACAUUGGAGGAACGAAAUGGGCUGAUGGUGGGGUCAAUUAUUGUCCCAUCUUUAGUUAAUCCUUUCAUAUACUGCUUUAGAACCAAGGAGAUCAGAAAUAAAUUGUUUAAAAUAUUUUCAAAAGUUGAACCAGUUGUAAAAAGAAAGCAAUAAGUUUAGACACAUAGGGAAUACCUUUUAGUUUGCUAUUAUACUUUAAGUACACUUUAUUAAUUUGUAAGCUACAAGUCAGUUUGAAUUAUUGUAUGAAGUUCUGUAACCCAUUCACAAUGAAAUUUUCUUGAGAACAAUUGCUAUUCGACUUCCAAAUUUCCUUUUUGUACAUUUUUAUUGUUUGAAAAAAACAGGCCUACUAAAUUUUCCUUUACUGAUUUCAUUUAAUCAUGUUUAAUUUAUAAAUAAGCAAACAUUUUGAAACAAAGCCUAACAAGAACAAUAAGACAAUGUCUCUUAAAUGGAUGGUGGUAGAUUUUUUUAAUGAGCAAAUAAAAACAACUGGGUAAACUGCAUGUCAGCUUUUGGAAAGACAUUAUUCAGUGGGUUAUUUAUCCCAAUUAUUGAAGUCUUGCUGGGAAUGGCUUUAAAGUUGUUGCACAAAACUGAAUUGGGACAUAAUGGCCUGGCAUUAAAUUUAAAAGAUGCUGGGCCAAAUUAAUUUUAGUAUUUUUUGGUCAAACAGAAAAAAAUGGAUUAACAUUGCUGUCUGUAUGAUUAUGUUUUGCAUAUGUCUAUCCCUGAUUUUUCCAGACGUCUGCUCCUAUUUCUAAAACUGCUACAAAAGUGCAAAUGUUCUUUUUGAGUGUUCUUUAUAAAUUUUAAUAAGCUGUUCUGAUUAAUUACUACUGAUAAAUUUGAUGGGAAUGCAACGACAUAUUAUCUUCUGAAUUAUAAAAUGUAUGUGGCAGCAGGGAAGCGGUCAAGCAUCAGCUGUGGACGGAGAGGAGGCGGGUGGAACUGGCAGAUAAAGCAUGAUGAUUCUAUCCUGUGUCUUAUUACCACUAGUCUACUUAUUUGUAUCUCUUUGUGCUUUCAGUGACUCCCAUAACCGGUGAGAGAGAGAGAGAGAGAGAGAGACAUGCAAGACAUGCACACACACAGACACAGAGUUACGCACAUACCCAUGCCAAGGAGUGUGAACUUGUGAACAGCAAAGCCCAGGAAGGUUUGCAGGCGCUUUGGGAAAACCGGGCAUUUCCCGGAUCAGCGUUCUCUCAUGGAAGCAGGAACACUGAUUCAGAAUUCUGUCCCUGACACUAAUGACGUUUGACCAAGUGAGAGUAAUUUGAUGGUCAGCAAAUCCAGGCUAAUGUUGCGCUAUCCCACCCAUAUUUUUUGAUUAUUAAGGAUAGGUUAUACUUAGUGACACAGGACACUCAAACUAAGGAAGAGACGACCCAGUUGUUGGUGCCAAAGAGCCUUUGGGAACUUCUGAUCCAUUCAGCUCAUUAUAAUUCCAUGGCUGGGCACUUGGGCCAGGAUAAAACACUAAACCUUCUCAUGGCCCGUUUCCAUUGGCCGGGCAUUCACGGCAAUGUUCGCAGGUGGUGUGCAGUAUCUCGUGAAUGUCAGCUGGUGAAUCUGCCAGCCACCCCAAAAGCGCCAUUGCGCCCAUUAGCCUUAAUCGUGGUCCCCUUCGAAAGAAUUGGCAUGGACCUCGUGGGCCAUUAGAAGGGUGCACACAAGGAUAUCACUUUGUGUUAGUCCUGAUGGAUUAUACAACAUGAUCUCCGGAAGCAGUGCCUCUGCGCAACAUUUCAGCACGCGAUAUUGCGGAGACACUCUUCCAUGAUACCUCUUGAGUCGGUAUCCAGAAAGAGAUCCUGACUGACCAGGGCACUACGUUUAUGUCACAGCCACUACACAAACUCUAUGAAUUAUUAGGGAUUAAAUCAAUUCACACCAGUGUUUACCAUCCGUGAACAGAUUGCCUGGUGGAGUGGUUUAAUCAGACACUAAAAAACAUGAUUCUUAAGUUUGUUGAUGAGGAAGCACAAAAUUGGGAUAAGUGGCUUGAGCCCCUGUUAUUUGCAGUAUGAGGGGUCCUGCAAGUCUCCACUAUAGUAUCCCCAUUUGAAUUAUUGUAUGGACCCAUGCCCUGCGGCAUGGUAGACGUCAUUAGAGAAAAUUCAGGGGAGGGACCUUCUAACAGUGAAAACAAAAUUCAGUAUGUUCUGGACCUGAGAGCAAAACGCCACAUCUUAGGUCACCUAACAAAGGAGAAUUUGCGUCAGGCCCAAGAACGACAGUCCUGACUGUAAGAUGGGGUACUCAACUAAGGAAAUUUGCACCAGGAGAUAAGGUUGACUGUGAGAACGAGAGAUUGGAUAGAGGCAAUGUACUCCAAAUAUAUCACCUCAAUCUCCUGAAUCCAAGGAGAGAGGUGGCUCCUGUGGAUCUGGCGAUGGUGAUUCCUGAGAGGGAGGAGGUGGGACUGGAGGUAAGUCUAAAAAGUGUAGACAAAUUCACCCCGGUUCCCUGUGGAGACCAUAAGGCCUUUUGCACCACGGGAACCUUUUCAUAGUAUCUUAACUAAUUGUGGAACUACCCACUUUUUGGCGUUUUCGCAUGAUUUAAAACGCCAUGUAAACAUACUGUAGUGUCAACUCAUUUCGCAAGUAUGGAGAACAGCGAUAGAUGGACGCAAGACACAACAAAACCACUCCGAACCGCUCCGAUCACAGCGUCCUCCCUCCUCCGGUUGUUUACGUUGUUCGUCUUUGUUUCUGUUGUUGAACGCCGCGCACAAAUGAUGUCGCUGUCGACUGGCUUAUGUUACUUCCUAGUGCCCACUGUCGGUGCAAAUGCAACCCUUUAAACGGUACUGGGAAAUAGUUUCCGCAAAAUCACCCAGUACUUUAGUAUUGUAAAUUUAGUUCUGGAAAUAAAGCGGUGCGAAAGGCCCUCAUUUCUCACCAUCCCAGGAAGCACAGGUUGCCUGGUUGCAAGAAGAAUUUUCAAAUGUGUUUUCACCUCUACCCGGUCGCACAGAUCUCAGGUGUCGGACUCCUCCAGACAUUGUGUUUCACUGUCUCAUGGACAGAUUCCUCCACCCACACAAUGCGUAUGAUGCUGCUUAUUUAGAUGACAUAAUCAUUUAUAGUAAUGCAUGGCAGCAGUGUUUACAACAUCUGAAUGCUGUUCUGAGAUCAUUGAGAUGGCUGGGACUCGUAGCAAACAGCAAACCCAAAGAAGUGUGCAGUUGGACGGGUGGAAGUAAGGUAUCACUUGGGCCAUAGGCAGGUACAUCCCCAAAGUGAUAAGACAGCAGCGAUCAUGGACUGCUGAAGACCAAAGACCAAAGAAGGGUUGAAUGGCUAUUAUCAGAGGUUUGUACCUAAUUUUUCAAACAUCACCAGCCCGUUGACUGAGCUCACUAAAAAAGGGAGGGCCAGAUCUGGUCCAGUGGAUGGAACCAUGUGAGCUAGCUUUCUGCCAGGUAAAAGCGGUUUUGUGUGGGGGCCCGCUGUUGCAUUCUCCUGAACUGUCCGGUAAGCCAUGAUGAUUCUCACCUGUGUCUUAUUACUGCCAGUUUACUCAUAUAUGUUUCUUUGUGCUUUCAGUGACUCCCAUAAGAGGCAAGAGAGAGAGAGUGAGAUACCGUUUGGCACACACACCCAUUCCAAGGAGUGUGAACUUGAACCUGACUGAGCAAAAGCCGCAAGUCCAGGAUGGACCCGUUUCCAGUUGUUAUGCUGUUUUGCUGAGUAUUUUUUGAAAGUGCGCUGAUUAGUGCGGACCGAUUAAACACGAGCCAAGAGCUCAGCUAAAAUUC